UCGUGACUAUAGUCAGUCUGCUCCGAGUCUUACAGCCGUUUACAUAUAUAACAUGCUGCAACUAAUCACACAGUUAGUUCGGUGAAUCAAGUAAUCAUAACGUACAAAAAUAUUUUAAAAAUGGAAGGUGUUGACAAUGUUGAUAGAGUAAGUGUGAAUGGAAAUGGGUGUCCGUUUAGUGAUGUGAAUAGUGUAAAUGAGAAGAAAGUGAAACCGAACUUACGCUUGAAGGUUUCGCAACCUCUAAGACUGAAAAACCAUCAAUUUUCUGACGAGAACGUCGACACAUUACAUUCGCACAUCGAAGAUGUCACACAUUUUAACACAAAAUGUUCAGAGAAAGUUUGUCAAAGCAGUAUUAUGGACAUCCCGGCCCGUGGCAAUACCCACAGAAUGCCAGAAGAAGUGAUCAAAGAUGCAACGUUAUUUAUCAGACAAUAUUUUACAUCAAUACGACGAGAGAACACAGACGCUCACAUGAGAAGACUACAAGAGAUAGAAAAAGAAAUAAAUGCUAGCGGGACCUACCAAUUGAAGACGCCAGAACUGGUCUUCGGCGCGAAGUUAGCCUGGAGAAAUGCUGCUAGAUGCAUUGGGAGAAUACAGUGGAAAAAGUUACAGAUAUUCGACUGUAGAGAAGUGACCACAACGAGUGGGAUGUUCGAGGCGCUUUGUAAUCAUAUAAAAUAUGCAACGAAUAAGGGAAAUAUAAGGUCUGCAAUAACCAUAUUCCCUCAAAGAACAGAAGGAAACCAUGACUAUAGAAUAUGGAACCCACAGCUCAUCACGUACGCUGGGUAUAUUGAGCCGGACGGCUCAGUGCUGGGUGACCCAGCUAGAGUUGAGUUUACAGAGGUCUGCAUAAAACUAGGAUGGAAACCACCUCGAACUGCUUGGGAUAUAUUACCUUUGGUUCUCUCAGCUGAUGGAAAAGAUCCUGAAUACUUCGACAUUCCUCGUGAAAUAAUUAUGGAAGUGCACAUGGAACAUCCUCAGUAUGACUGGUUCAAAGACCUCGGUCUUCGCUGGUUCGCCUUACCAGCAGUUUCCAAUAUGAGCCUUGACUGUGGCGGCUUAGAGUUUACCGCCACAGCCUUCAAUGGCUGGUACAUGGGUACUGAAAUAGGUUGCCGGAAUCUUUGCGACGUAAAUCGACUUAACAUUAUUGAGUCCGUUGCACUGAAAAUGGGCUUAGACACAAGCUCCUACGUUUCUCUGUGGAAGGACAAAGCCUUAGUUGAGGUGAACAUCGCUGUAUUACACAGCUUUCAUCGAGACAAUGCGUCUAUAGUGGACCACCACUCUGCGUCAGAUCAGUUUAUAAAGCAUUUGGACAAUGAAAACAAAAGCAGGGGUGGGUGUCCAUCAGAUUGGAUAUGGAUUGUGCCACCGAUGUCUUCCUCGCUGACAUCAGUAUUUCAUCAAGAGAUGGCGUUGUAUCAUAUCAGGCCCUCGUAUGACUAUCAAGAACCACCUUGGAAGACCCACCAGUGGGCCAACUCCGACGGUAACAAGCCUCGAAGGAAGUUCCACUUCAAGCAAAUUGCGCGAGCUGUCAAGUUUACUUCGAAACUAUUCAGCCAAGCUCUGUCUAAGCGUAUCAAAGCAACUAUUCUGUAUGCGACGGAAACAGGCAAAUCUGAACAGUAUGCUAAGGAGUUAGGAACUAUAUUUGGAUACGCGUUCAACGCACAGGUCCAAUGUAUGGCAGAUUACGAUAUGUUUUCGAUAGAGCACGAAACGCUCCUUCUUAUCGUAACUUCAACUUUCGGCAAUGGCGAGCCACCUGCGAACGGCGUUACUUUUGCUGAACAUCUAUUUCAAAUGCUGUAUAAUGAGAAGAAGAAUCAAAAUGAGCAGUUGGACAGUGCAGGUUACAAGACCCCAACGCCAAAGUCUUUAAUGAGGGCAAACAGUGUGAUGACACCGCGCAAUGAAUACAAGAGGCAGUUAUCUCGAUUGGAGUCCAGUCGAAGUAAUAAUGAAUACAAGCGAUCACUGACACGGCUGGAAUCUAAUAAAAGUAGUCUUGGGGGAACGUCAACAGCAGAACACAUUGGACCAUUAAGUAACGUAUGCUAUGCAGUUUUUGCGCUAGGGUCUAGCGUGUAUCCGAAAUUCUGUUUCUUUGGUAAAACAGUUGACAGAGUUCUAGAAGAUCUUGGAGGUGAGAGGCUGUUAGACAUAAAUUGUGGUGAUGAAAUGUAUGGACAAGAACAACAAUUUAAGACCUGGUCGUCAAAUAUAUUUCAUAUUGCAUGUGAAACGUUUUGUAUAGAAGAAAAUGACACCGUUAAAAAUGCACGAAAAUCCUUCGGAGCAAUCCCAAUUACCAAAGACACAGUAAGGUUUAGUAAUGUUGAUAAAAAUGUGCCAAUAAUAUCAGCGCUGGAACAGAGUUAUAAGAAGACACUGAUAGCCUGUGAAGUACAGGAAAAUAAGCCUUUAGGAGACUACUCAUCAGAUCGAGCCACUAUUUUUGUAGAUAUGAAAGUCGAUAUUGAGUUAAAAUAUGAACCAGGAGAUCACAUAGGAAUAAUGGCUUGUAACAGAGAGGAAAUCGUAAACACUAUAUUAUCAAGACUGAAAGAAAGUGAUGCGUUUGAAAAACCAGUACAACUUCAGGUGAUGAAGGAAACCCUCACUCCCAUGGGUGCAAUAAAAACAUGGGAGAAACAUGAACGCCUACCAGCUGUCUCAGUACGGGAUUUAUUUACUAGAUUCCUAGACAUAACAACCCCUCCGUCCACCAAAGUUUUGAAGUACUUGGCGAGUGUGUGUAGCGAUAAAAGUGAUGCAGAAUGUCUGACAGAAUUAAUCGAGGACUCAAACAAGUAUGACGACUGGAGAUAUCAUUUCUAUCCCAAUCUAGCUGAGGUACUACAGCAAAUACCAUCAUGUCGUCCUCAGGCGUCUCUGCUUGCCGCAUUGCUGCCUCCGCUUCAGCCAAGAUUCUAUUCUAUCUCUUCCUCACCGUUGGCACAUCCAAACAGGAUACACGUGACUGUCGCCGUGGUCAUAUAUAAAACACAGAAUGGAGAAGGCCCGACACAUUAUGGUGUGUGUUCAACGUAUUUACAAAGUCUAAAGCCGGGUGAUGAAGUCAUCGCGUUUAUAAGAAGGGCCCCAAACUUCCACAUGCCAUCCGACACAUCUGUUCCUCUCAUAUUGGUGGGGCCCGGAUCCGGCAUAGCCCCCUUCAGGGGGUUCUGGCACCAUCGAAGGCAUCUCAUACAAAACAACAACGUGAAGGACCAUGGACCUAUGUGUUUAUUCUUUGGGUGCCGAUAUAGAGGAAUGGACUUGUAUAAGGACGAAAAGCAAGAAGCUAUUAAAGAUGGCGUUUUAAAUAAAGCCGUGGUCGCCUUUUCAAGAGAGCCUGUAAAUAAGAAACACGUACAAGCACUUCUAGAAGAUGAAGGUGCUGAAAUAACAACUAUGCUUCUUGAGCGAGGAGGUCAUUUCUACGUAUGCGGAGACUGUAAAAUGGCUGAAGAAGUUCAACAGAAACUCAAAGAAAUCAUCAGAACACACGGAAAACUAUCAGAUACAGAAGUCGAUGAUUUUAUGUUAUUUUUAAUGGAAGAAAAUCGUUAUCAUGAAGACAUCUUCGGUAUAACAUUACGAACGUCCGUCGUCCAUACCGCAUCACGGGAAACUGCCAAAAGAUCGAGACUGGAAUCUGGUCAAUCACAGACAUAACUACCGAAUAUUGUUCUUAAUUUAAAUUCGCAUAUUUUGAGGCUCGGUGACGAAAAGUUAAAACUAGUUGUAUUCAGCUUAGAUAGUUUUGUUCGCUUUGAAAUUACAUAUUUAAAUUGUAAAACGUGAGUUCAAAC